AUGUGGUUCGAGGUGGGGCCUGGCUUGCCCAAGCGCCUGCUGCGUCUGUCCGAGUUUCCCAAUGCCGGCUCGCAUGCCGUAAAGAUCGAGAGCCUUCCGCGACAGGCGUCUCCACGAGUCUGUGACGCCGAUUCGCCCUACCAUGGUCUCUCAGACCCUUGUGUGAACACCGGCAACCUGUAUUUCCUUCUGAGCAGUGGCCCGCCGCCGCGGGCCUUCGCGCGGAUACCUUACAGAUACCCAGCAUGGUCAUUCAAUAACAGCAUUGCGGGCCGGGGGGCCAGCCGCCGCUCGCUGGGUCGGUACUUCACGUCGUCAAGAUCCAACCGAACUCAGGAGAACGGCUACAUUCCGUCAGGCCUGGGGCCUUGGAAGGCUGGUUGGUACGUUCCGCCUCUCAAUCUGCGCAGCCAAGAACCGCCGUUGUCAAUCUCGCCUGUUGGCGACAAGCAUGCACCGACGACAAAGUCGGGCUUGGGACUUAUGCGCCCAAUAACCAAGGUUACCUGUGUGGUGUCGGCAGACGCCCAACCCGAGGUGUCUUCGCGGGACUCCAAAACGCAGCAAGGCGGUAUUCACCAGCCCCCCGCGGCUCAUGUGCAGCAUGCAGAGACAGUGGAGGAACGGAUAGAGGACGAACCGUCGAGAGUCUCGGCUAGUCCUAUCGCGCGCCCGGAGGGGAAAGAGCAGGGACGGCUGGACCUGAUUCGAUCCAAGGUUGCCUUGUGGGACGCUGAAACGCGACAGACGGGCGUUCAGACAUCUAUUCCCGGUGAUGUGCAGCCGCUCAACCCGUGCGACCAGAUCCAUGUCAUGGGAUUGGAUUUGAAAGGGCGAUACAUCGCUCACACUUUGGCCGGCUGCCAGACCAUCCCCCCUGUGCGGUACAUACUGCACAACCGUCAUCUCUACCGGCACUGGUCCAACACCCAGAAGCAGUUGCGCCUGUACCGGGGCGACAAUGUCAUCAUCCAUCGUCGUGUCCGAGCCGAGUGCAGUUCGGCGGGGCAAGAUCAGUCUUCAACCAGAGAUGCGAUCCACAAUCUGAUCGUCACCCUUCCGGCCGGCCAAGUUGUCCAAGCACUCAGCCAUGUUAGGCACCGGCUGGAUCAUCGGUCAACCAUCUGCCUUAUAAACGAUGGACUUGGGGUCGCGGAGGCCGUCAUUGACGCUCACUUUCCGAACAAGCUGAGGCGGCCGACCUUCCUCCUCGGGCAUCUCACGACAAGUUUGGGCCACCAUGACAGGCCGUUCUCCGUCUCAGAAGUCCGGCCUGGGAGGCUCUGCCUAUCGCUGUUUUCGGAACCGGAACAAGUGGGCGCGCGUUUUCGCAUCAAAUACCACCCGCCCUUGGAGCGCACCGAAGUCCCGACGCAACUCUUGCGACUUCUGACGGCGGUCCCGGGACUCCACGCGACCGGCCACUCUAUGACCGACUUCCUCCAUCACAAGCUGCCAAUGGUGGCUUUCCGGACGAUCGCGGACCCACUCGCGGUUCUAUUCGACUGCACAUAUGACUACCUCGUAACCGAUCGGCACACGAAGAAUCUCAUUGACGCCUGUAUCUCGGAGCUCUCCCAGGUGGUAUCGCGUAUGCCAGAGUUAAGGGACUCGCCAAGGUUCCGGCAGUCAGCGGUUCACAGCUGGCUACGAGACGAGGUGUACUACAAGCUGAUGGGGCAGAAGACCGCCGACAGCAGGAUGCGAGCGCAGGUUAGCCGCGGCUGGGAAACGGAUGUUGAUUAUCUGUCGGGCUAUUUCGUCCGACGCGCCCGCGAAUUGCAAGCGAAUGUUUCUACACUCCUCGCGUUCACGGCAGCGGUCAAGGCGAAACGCUCGGUAAUGCUGAAGAAGUUGGCGGCCGAUCUACCCUUCCAAUGAACCACGACGAGCUACCUUAUUCAUAGGUACCUGGUUGACGGCCAGGGUGGCCACUACUACUCGCAAGAAAUGGCAUUGCCGCUGUUGGAAAUGAGAGGGCGUGUACGAAUGUGUACUCAAAUCUGUAUGACCAUGUAGAUAGCAGGCAUAGACAAGAGGAAAUGCGGCGUUGUAAUUGGACUGUCGACUACUACACGAUAGAUACCUCCAUCUAUACACUCUGGGAAACAUCGCACAUGGCAUGAUAUUGCCGGUUGCCUGG